CUACGUUUGUUUGCAGACAUGACAGUAAUGUCUAUGUGUUCUCACGCUGUCAGAAACCUGCUCUCUUUGAGGAGGCAAUUUCACUCUCGAAUGAUCAGUCAUAACAAAGAGGUUGCUGAUGCCACCCAACCUUCUCCAUCGAAAAAGUUCAAACGCAACCUUACCGAGGAAGGAUCCGUUCUUCGCUUCGCCAAACUUUCGGAACAUGCCACUACACCCACCAAAGGCUCCUCAAAAGCUGCUGGAUUCGACCUCUACAGUGCAUAUGAUUAUUCAAUCGGCUCAAUGGACAAGGUCAUCGUGAAAACUGACAUCCAGAUAGCAGUGCCACAUGGUUGUUAUGGCAGAGUGGCACCAAGAUCUGGUCUCGCAGCAAAGCACUUUAUUGACGUUGGAGCUGGAGUCGUUGAUGAGGACUACAGAGGCAAUGUGGGUGUUGUCCUAUUUAACUUCAGCAAACAGACAUUUGAAGUUAAAAAAGGUGAUCGGAUUGCACAACUGGUGUGUGAGCGCAUCGCCUACCCAGAAUUAGUUGAGGAGGAGAGACUAGAUGACACUGAGCGUGGGACAGGAGGCUUUGGGUCAACCGGACUCAACUGUACCCAUUAAUGUUUUACAUUUUGUUAUUAAAUAUUAUUUUUACACGA